CGCGUGGUUGCCUCCUUGAUAGCUUACCGUCAUCAUGUCCCGCCAGGACAAAGCGACCACAGAGCGAUUCACAAAGACACUACGAGAGCUAGUAAAGAAACCAGAAAAUAAGCUGUGUGCAGACUGCAAGCGAAAUGAUCCUCGAUGGGCAUCCUGGAACAUUGGCGUCUUUCUCUGUAUACGGUGUUCAGGCAUUCAUCGUGGCAUGGGCACCCAUAUCAGUCGUGUCAAGUCUGUAGACCUGGACGUCUGGACCCCGGAGCAAAUGGAGUCCAUCCAAAAAUGGGGAAACCACCGAGCGAAUCUUUACUGGGAAGCGCAUCUCAAAGCUGGACAUAUCCCUCCUGAUCAUAAAAUGGAAUCCUUUAUACGAUCUAAAUAUGAAUCACGUCGGUGGGCAAUGGAAGGACCCCCACCACGAGAUCCAUCGAUACUGGAAAACGGAUCAGAUGCUGCGCCUCCGCCACUAUCACAACAGCAACGGCAACCAGCUACCCCGGCGCUCCAAACUGCACGCGCCAGCCCUGCUCGCGUUCCUGUGACCAACCGUCAACCCCAGCCCCACCAUCUUCUUUCCGCCAGCUACGCGUCACAGCAAAAGACUCAACUUAUCCCUCCUGCUACUGCUCCAGCUCCAUCCCCGCCACCACCGCAAGCAAGACCAAGCGAUGACCUCUUUUCACUCGACUUUCAUUCUCCUGUUUCAACAUCUUCAUCUCCGCAGCAGGAUCCUCAGAUGAAGAAAGACGUCAAGCAGGACAUCCUGUCUUUGUUCUCUUCUCCCCCAUCUGCUGCACCUGCACCCAUCUCGCCUUGGGGACAACCUCAGCCCCAACAGCAGCAGCAGAUAACAAGCAUGAUGGGAACGGGUGGUACAGGCAUGUGGGGCGUCAGUUCAGGAUGGAACACGGCAACAACUCCCGCUGCCCAGCAAAAUCUUUGGGGCGCCCCGGCCUCGCAGCAGCAGCAGCAGCCUUCUUUGUUUGCUAGCAGUGCUGCAAUAUGGGGAGCGCCUGCGCCAUCAAACGGGACUAAUCAGGCGUCGAGUGAUCUCUUUGGCUCGUUCGCUAGUGCGGGGGCUAUAACGACGACGACAGUACAGAAGAAGGAUGAUGUCUUUGGAGAUAUUUGGGGAGAUUUCAAGUGAAGCAUCGCGUAUCCUAGUAGGUCCUUCCUAAAUUUAGACAUGUUGGUGGAUCGGAAUGCCCGCCUCCCCUUGAGACGAUUACGACUGCGUUUUCACGAAGUCGACAGCGACCGUGUCUUCCAUACGGCAGAGCUUUAAUGUUGUAGAACAAGAGCAAUAACUGCUUUGGUUCUCGUAAGCACCAGAUUCUU